AUGUUCUCGCUCGAUGUCGUGCGGUGGCGGAAGAGUCGGUCGGAGCAGGAGGCGGCCAGGUUGAAGCGAGCCGAGAAGAAUGGAGCUCCGCCGUCUCGGGCGUCGCAGGAGCGGCAGGCGAAGCAACUCUACGGGAAGUCGAUGAAGGAGAUGCACAACUCGUACAUGGAUCGUGUUAGCGACUGGAUCAAGGAGGCGCCAACGCAGGAGUGGGGCAAGGACUACGCCAAGGAGGACUACUCGAAGGCCUAUGUUCCUCGAGUACGAAAGAAGGAGCUGGAAGGGGGUAUCGUGAAGAACGGGUCGUACUCCCCCCGCGCGGUUUACAAAGGUGGCGGCAAGUACGUCUGCCGUCUUGACUCUUCCAGCAGCGACGUUGAAAUGCCGCGCGAGAAGUACGCUGAGCGGAUCAUCAACUUCGAAAAAACUCGCGAGAAGCACAAGGAGAUCCACCCGCCCAUGGCGUUCCUGAAGAACAAGCCUCUGUCCUGCGCCAAGUACUUUGUUGAGGAUAUCAUCAGCGCUGACAACAACUCGAGAAGCGAGUGCGAACGCCCUGAGGCCUCGAGAGGGUCGAAACGAAGAACCAGUUGCUGCGCCGACUGCCCGCCGUCACCCGAGAGGGUUAAUCAGAUCGACGAGGCUGAAGGAAGCGACGAAGAAGACCACGAGGAACGAAGACGACGCAAGAACGCCGUGUAUGACCGACUUUACUGGAAUGCGCACGGCUCGAGAGCGACAGUGCUCGGUGGCACAGCGACGCCGGAGCCUCCAACGACCGCGGAGUAUGUGGCUCACCCCAAGUGGCGGCAGCACAGCCCGGAGAAAUGGGUCGGUGGCAGGCCAUUCACCAGCACGACCUUGUCGAGCAAUUCCCACACAGCAUCUCGCUGCAGUAUCACUGGCGCUCCGUACUCCCGCACGCUCCUUCUCGACGAGCCGUUCGCGCCUGCCGGCAUCACCAACUCGCCUACCACCCCUCAAGCCCGCGCCUACGAACACUCGCGACGCAUGAAGAUGGCGGCCGAAGCCACGUACAAGCCCAUCCAGCGACCCGACAAGAAGUACUUCAACUCCAUGUGGACGGAGCCUGCAGACGGCUCCAAGGCUCGCAGCACCGCCACCUUCGCCUUCAACACCGAGCCUCCCACCGACGCAGCACUUCGUCGGCCUGCCACCAUGCCACCAACGCAGCUCUCUCCAUUGCCGUCUCCAAGCCGCAAAGCCAACGCCGGACGCGAGCUCUUGCAACAGAUCCGCCAAACGCACCUACCUGCCCCUAAAACCCCUAAAAAGCAGCACAAAGGAUAG